AUGGCAAUGUCAACAAAGGAUACUGAAGAAAUUAGGCAAUCUGUAAAACUUGGUGCUGGCUUAGCGACUCUUUGCAAACUUAAAUUGAGCCCUGAAAAGAAAAACCUCAUGGUGAACUCUGUAUUUUAUGAUGUUAUAAACAUACAAAAUAACAAAGAGAGUUCAUCAAUUUUUAUUAAACUGUUUGGUGAUUUUUACGAUCCAACAAAUAGAAGGUUUGUGUUAAACAAUAACACAUCUUUUUCUUUCUGUGCCAAAGAGGUGGCAGAUGUGUUGGGUAUUGAAAAUACCGGGCCUGAUUUCAACGCCCCUGCUGCAAAAAAAGUUCCUCAGUUUGUUAAGGACCUAGUGAUAGGAUAUGGUGUAGAUAGUUCUGGGAAAAUCUCUACAACAACAAUUAAAGAACUUUUGAAAAAAAUGAAUGUAGACGACGAGGAAAGUAGAUUAAAUUUUAAGAAAGUCUUAUGUUAUUUUUUGAUCGAGAUGUUUUUAAUACCCUCCCCGGAUCCCAAGAAACCACGUACAGGUUCUUGGUCAAUGGUAGAAGAUCUUGAUGUAUAUGAAAAAGUGAACUGGGCUAAAGCAAUCUAUGAAGACUUACAUGAAUCUUUUAAUAAGCUAAAAACUGCAACGGUGGGAAAACAACAUAAUUUUAAAGCGUGUGCGCCAGUUUUCGAGGCUGUUGUGUUUGAGAGAAUACCUUCCUUAAAGCCAAACCUAUCGUCUUAUCCUUAUCCGCCAAUUCAAAAGUAUGAUGCUAAAAGGAAGGAUUGGGAACUGUUAAAAAGUAUCAAAGCCGACGAGAUAACCCCAUGUUCAUACUGUGGUGAUGGAGUAGAGGGACUUUUUGGCUUCCGGGGCGGAAGGAGUGGGGGAAAGAAUCCUGUCAAGAGAUUGAGAGGAAGGUCAUCAACAUCAUCAGGUGAGAGGAGACUCAAAUGUUCUGAAAAUUUUGAAGAACUAGUGAUAGGUAUGGAGGAACGGGAGAAUAUUUCUAAACAACUCACUCGUCUUUUCGAUACUGACCAAUUGUCUGCCCGGCAAAGGCCAAGCAGGUUGCCUUUAUUAAAGAUUUCUCACCAUCCACUAAUUGAAGAGGAAAAUGAAGAUGACGAGGAGUUUGGUGGCUGUUUUACCAUAUGCAAAGGCUUGACCGAAUUUCUUAAAGAACACUUAUCUGUUUUACCAGUAUGCUGCCCCUUUUUUUAUGUAACCUUCGAACAAAUCGGUCCUUGUGGCCGUAAUCUUUAUUAUGUAAUGUUGUUGGCCUUGGUGGCUGUUUUACCAGUAUGCAAAGGCUUGACCGAAUUUCUUAAAGAACACUUAUCGUUGCAGGGGGUUCGGUUUAGGAUUUAG